AUGGAUGUUGAUGUACAAGAUGCUCUUGAACUGGUCAAUCAAAAUCAUCAACUUUAUUUAAUAAAAAGAAAAAAAAUGUCAACAAUCUCGAUCACAUCAUCAAGAUUGAAUAUUUUGACCACUUAUGAUUUGGAUAUUCAAUUUAAUUCAAUUAGACAAGAAAAUGAAAAACAAUUCGUUCGAUUAUCGAAAAAAAUCGAUCGUAAACAUCAUAUUGAUAUUAUUGAUCUUUCUUCUUUUCAUGAAUCAAGCAAAGACGAAAAUUUUGAUGAUGUGAUACCAGAAAAAUAUUUGGAUAGUGUUGUAACAGAUUUAAUUAAUGCUAUGCGUGUUAAAUAUCAAAUUUCUGCUGAUCGUUACGACGAAUUUUAUGGUAAAUUAGUUCGAUCAAAACUAGUUGAUUUUCUGGCCGAUGAACGUAAACGCCAUCGUAAAAGUACCUCAACACAAUCUUCAAUAUCUUUAUCGGGAUCAUAG